AUGGCAACACCCAAGUCACAGUGUGCGCGUAUUGUGGCCUACGCAAAAGACGAUGGCGAAAUCCCAAACAUCCUAAGUGAAAUGGCCACUGUCCUGACACGCACCGGAAGCAUCCAGAUCCACAAAGACGUUCUCACAUCGACCUCGGAUUUCCUUAGAAACGCCAUCAAACCACAGUGGCGCCGUGAUGGUGUUCUGCAGGCCGACCUGGCUGAAGAAGACCCCGGAGCAAUGCACGCCUACUGCCAGUGGCUAUACUCGCGGAAGCCUCUCACUUUGAGUCCCUCAAACGAUACUGCCGUGCAUCUAGCUCGGCUAUACGUUCUUGGUGAAAAGCUCAUGGAUAAAACGUUUCAGGAGGCAGCUAUAGACGCCAUAAUCGACAACGCUUCCGAAUCAAACGCCAUCUAUGUGGCAAGGAACAUGAUCAAGAUUAUUUACGACGGUACUCCCAAGGGCUCGCCAGCUCGCCGCCUCAUGGUUGACUUGUGCGCGUACUCUGCAGCUACGGCACCAGGUUCUACGACCAUGGCUCUACUUCGAGGAACUGAUUUCUUCGAGGAACUCGUACCGGCAUUAAUCAAGGUGCGCGCGAUACCAUCGGCCAGAGUGCAGCGACCGCGGAUCGCACAACCCGAGACUUAUUACUGCCACGGUACAAGCGUCCAGAGUACCAAAACCUCCAGGCAGUUCCUCACGUGA